AUGAAAUAUUAAUAAUUUUAUAAAAAGGAGGAAAAUGCAAUUCUGUUUAACUUAUACAACAUUAUUUGCCAGAAUGCAAUGACUAAGGAUCUAGUCUAUAGUGAAAUUUGCAAGAAAUAUAAUGAAAAAUAUGCAUAGUCAAAGGGUAAAAGAACUCAUUCUAACAAUAAAGAAAUGGAGAGUAAUAACACUAAUUAUACAGCAAAACUGACAACUCUAGAUGUAGCUCACUAUUGUAAAAAGCUUGAAAAAUGUGGGUUUAUUCAUUCACACAGUAAUAUUAGUACUUCAGAGAAGAAAAUUUCCCUGGCCAAAAGAGAAAAGAUAAAGGCAUCUGUUUCAUAAUUUAAUGGAAUCAGAUGGGAUCAGCUAGGGGAGAUUUAUAGUGCCAAAGAUGAUGAAAAAAAUUCAAAAAUUGGAAAAAAUAGCAAAAGAAAGAGAGCAGAAAGUAUCCAUAAUGUCAAAUAAGAAGUCUAAGAUUUUAAUUCUGAUUAAAAACUUUUAGAAUUAAGGUCUCUCGCCAUAAAGAGAUAAAAAAUCAUACAUAAGACUUUCCUAGAAUCAAGUUUAACAAUGAGAGAGAGCAUCAUUAGAGUAUUGGAGAAUAAAAUUGAUGCCAAGUAGCUAAAAUUCUAAGAAAUUUAAGAUUAAGAUGAUUCUGAAAGUGAUAAUGAACAAACUUCAGUUAAGGAUUUAAAAAUUAACAAUUAAGACUUAUAUGAAGAUGGAAAAUAUACAAUAUCCGAUAUCUCAGUGGCUUUAGGAAUGAAUAAAGAGGAAAAAACUAUGAGCAGAGUUUUAGCCGAGCUUAAAAAAAUUCACAAAGAUAUCGAGUCUUCUGCUGUAAGAAAUGGUAGAGUAUUUUAGUAUAAAUACUACCUAAAGUACUUAAUUAAGCAAGAAGACAUUGAUAAAAGAAUAUAAUCAAUCAGAAAAAGAGAAUAGAAAGAGGAAAUUAAAGGAGUAUCUAACUCUGAUGGGAAACCUGCUUUUAAUUAAUAGGUAAAGCAGGAAAUUAUCUAUGAAAAUCCUGUUCUUUAAAUGCUAAAAAGUCCUCAAUCGUUGUUGAUUAGCUUAAAUGACAAAUCAUAUGGUAUAAUAGUAGAAAUUUAGACCAAGAAAAAUAUGAUUAAAUUUGGACAUUCAAAAGAUGACAUAAUAAUGGAUUAUUUCUAAGAUAUUAUACAAGAGGGCAAGGUCUCCUCGGCAAGAAGACAACUAACUGUUGAAACCAUAAAUAGAUAUAUUUACUGCCUAAAUAAGGUCACUGAAAAUGGCCAUAUUUCUUUGGUCGACCUCAGGAACGACAUAAAAAAUGAACUAGAAAAGAAUAAAGGCUUUGAAAUUGAUAAGAAAACUUUGAAGAGAAUAAUUGAGAAGCUUAAGAAAGAUAAUCUUGUCAAAACUGUUGAUUUUUUGGUUAAUAUUCAAUAAGCUGAUGGAUUUGGUUAAUAAAAUAUGGUUAAGACUCUAGUCUUAGAUACUGAAUUCGACCAAAACUCUGCAAUACUAAUGGAUAACCCAACUAUCUCUAACCCCACAAAUAGAAUAAGUGAAUCUAAGUAAACACCAAUAAAAUAAGAAGGACAAAGAAACUCAUCCUAUAGUUUAAGAACGAGAAGAAAUCAAGUAAAAUAUAGAGAUGAGAGUGUAAAUGAAAAUUCAGAAGAUCAUGAAGAAAAUAAUUCAAGAAAUAAUAGCGCUGAAAAGGAAAUUAUAGAAUCGCCUAUGAAGGAAAUGAAGCAAUUAUCAAUUUAGGAUGAUGUAGAGAUGAUUAAAGCUUAGAUUUAAUAGGAUGAGGAAUAAAAAAUAGCGUAUAUAGAACGAAAUAAAGUAUUGGCUAUCAACUUAGGUAAAAUCCUUAUCAAGAUACAAAACUAAAAUACGAAGAGAAGUUAUAAUUAAUCGAUUCACAAGUUUAUAGAAUUCACCACAUUACCAAAAGAGUUAUAAAUAAACAGAAUCUUUCAAUCACGUAUUUCAAGCAAAAAUAAAAAUUUCAUCACUGCUUUUACCUCAAUAAUGAAUUUGUAACCGAAAAAAUGCUUUCAGCAUGAACCACCUAGCUUAAUUGAUUUUAAUGCAAUGCUCCUUGACCCAUAUAUUGAUAGUAUGAUUGAACACGAUAUGGACUAGUUCACUGAUGUUACUCUUAAUAAGUUUAAUGAAAAUGAAAAUUCUCUCAGCAAUAUAACAACUCAAAGGAAAAGUGCGCAAGAUGGAGAUGAUGUUAUAAUGCUUUUGGAAAUGAUUAUCUUUAGAGAAAAUUAAAAGACUAAAAAAUAGAAAAGAGUUCAUUAAUACCCAUUUUAUGCUGAGGAUAUCUAUGUUUAAAAAGUAGCAUAGAUUAGCAAAAUUUUAAGCAGAACUGGUAGAGUAGCUGCUACUUAUUUACAAAAGGAAUUUAGUACUAUUUAUGCAGCUGCAUUUACAUUUUAUCAUUUAGCAAUUAAUGGUUAUGUUAAAAUAGAAAGAGACUUAGAUGAUAGAAUAUUUAUUGAUGCAAAUCCCUCAAUUAAUGAUUUGUAUCUGUAAUUAAGCAGAUGA